AUGAUGGUUAAAUCAUUUAAAUCCUUUUCUCCGCGAAAGAUAGAACCGAUCUACUUUGAUAUUAGGUUGGAUCAAAGCACCAUUCGGAUCCCAGCAGCAGGGCAUACGAUUAAGUAUGGCCAUGCCCAGGGAAAAGUUAUUCUGUGCCUUAAUGAACCUACGCGCGUGAGCGAUGUCAAGUUACAUCUAGAGGGCCGCUAUUAUAUAAACUGGGACGCGACGUUCCCCAGUGAUGCACACGGACAUUGCAAAGCAUUUUGGAAGGAGUUGCCCUUUCAUCACGAUGUCUGGAGCUUUCUGCGGGCUUCAGCAGGGUCAUCCGCAACGAUCUUGGAGCCGGGCAACUAUGAAUUUCCUUUCCAGAUGUGUCUCCCAGGACGAUUACCGGAAUCUAUGACGGGAAUGGAUGACUGUUAUAUUCGGUAUUUUUUGAGAGCACAGAUCUAUGGCCGGAAAGGUGAGAGUGCAGCCACGUCGCGGGAGGUCACCGUUCGAAAGGUUUACAGCAUGCCCUUGCGUACAGCUCUUAGUAGCGUUGAGAACGAUUGGCUGGACAAGAUAAUGUACAAAGUCAGCAUUCCAACCCCGGCUGUCCCAUACGGCGGCAAGAUCCGAGUCACCUAUCGUUUCGUUCCUCUGCUGAAGGGCCUCAACGUGAAAUCUAUUCAAUCAGAUAUCAUUGAAACGCAUACCGUAUCGAAACCAUCCUUCGCGUCUCGAUCGCGAGAGGUGUUGACUGAUGUAUUUGACCCUCCAACCUGGGAAGAGAUGGAUAUAAGUACCGACGACAGAUGCUGGUAUCAAUGCUCCCGGAUGCUUCACUUACCCAAGUCUACCCGACAGUGUCUACAAAGUAUUGCGACAACGGUCCUGCAAGUUCGACACUCGAUACAAUUUUUAAUCACUCUGGCGAAUCCCGAUGGUCAUCUGUCCUCGGUUCGUCUUUCUCUUCCAGUCAUCCUAUUAUUCUAUCCCUCGACCAGCGCUAGUCCUCAGGUGUUAUCAGACAUUGCGGCUUGGGGCGAGGGAGAGAACGGACUGCCCCAUUAUAACGACCAUGUACAUGAUGUGAAGCUUGUUGAACUAUGCCCAGACAACCCUUCAACAUUUGCAGGAUCGCACUCUAAUGAGAGGCCUCCAGAGUACUCGGCAUUUGAUGGCGUAUCCGAAAUUCCUAGUUAG